GCCCGGUGCUACUCCCGGACAACCACAUGUAUCCCAGGCCGGCGCGAUGAUGGGCAUGCAGCCGGGCGCAAACGGUCCCAUGGGAGCAAUGGCCGGCGGACAGCAUCCUGCGGGAAUGAACAUGCAGGGACAACCAGGCCAUCCCGGACCGGGCAUGCAGAAUAUGCCCGGCGGCGCACCGAACCCGAUGCCGCAACAUAUGAACCACAGCAGCAGCAACAGCAACAACGCAUGAUGAUGAUGAUGCGACAGCAGGCGCAGCAGAUGGCUCAAGCCCAAGCCCAAGCACAGGCGAACGGUAUGAUGGGCAUGCAACCUGGUGCGAUGACCGGAAUGACUCCACAACAGCAGAUGGCGCUGUUCCAACAGCAGAGCAACGUCGGUCACCCCGGCGCGGUACAGCUCACACCACAUUUGCAACAGCAAAUGAUGCGUCAGUCGGCAAUGCAGCAGCAACAGCAAGCUCAAGCACAACUGCAUCAGCAGCAACAGGCGGCACAGCAGCAGCAGCAGCAUCAGCAACUUGCGAUGCAACAUGCCAACUCCCAGCAAAGCAAUCAAGGUCAGUCGGGACCGCAGCCCGGACAACCCGGCCACCCAGCGCAGAUGCGGCCACAGUCACGGAUGGCGAAUCCGAAUCAACCAGAUCAGACGCCACAACAACCGCCACAUCCACAGCCAGGCCAACAAUCUCAGCCACAGCAGACUCCGACAACGCAAGCCGGCCAGCAGCCGAACCAGGCUCAAGCCCAGCAACAAGGCCUCAAUCCACAGCAAAUGCAGGUGAUGCAACAACGACAGAUGAUGGUACGGCAGCAACAGCAAAUGCGACAACACCAGAUCCAGCAAGCGGCGCAACAACAAGUAGCGCAAGCGCAAGCACAAGCGCAACAGCAGCAACAACAGCAGCAACAGCAGCAGCAGCAGCAGCAGCAGCAGCAGCAGCGACCGGCAGCUGGAAACGGAGCCUUCAUCCUGCGGAUAAGUCUGCUGUCAGAUCACCUCAGCAAUUUCAACCAAGUCACUGGCAAAGAUUUGGCUCAAUGGAACGAGUUUGUAGACCGACACUUUGCGCCUGAUGGUCGGCUAUUACACAGUUUCACCGACGGCGGCGCCAAGCCACGAACGUUUGAAGUGCUGCGACCGACCAUCGCGCGAUACUUUCUCACCUACUUCGAAUCCGGCGCGCAAUCACUACGAUUACACACUGAACACGCCAGCGAACGGCCCAUCCCGAGCAAUCGAUUUCAAGCCCAAUUCGCCAACGCCACACUCACUGUGGCGUACACGUCUGGAGCACGUUUGGAGAUGAGCGGCUCGCUGAAUGCGCUGUUUGCGCCUUCGUCUGAUGUGAUAGAGUGUCUGGAGAUCCAGCAGAUGCAGAGCGAGGAGACCAUUUCGCGGACGGAGAUUGAGAGGUUGUUGAGUAGUUGGCCGCCCACGCUGGAUGCGAAGGUUCAGAGCCCGAAGAUGACGAAGAAGAAUAACCCGAAGGCCCAGCAGGCGCAGCAGAAAUUGCAGCAGAGGUUUGAGGGGUUGACGGUUGAUCAAUUCUUCAAGGCGCCGAAGGGGACGAUGGGCGUGACGUCGCGGGUGCAGCAGUUUCUUGAGCUUGGCGAAACCAUGAACAUCAUGUCGGAGCUUAUGCUCUUCUCGCAGGAGAAGAAGCUGCGCCCGGAACAAGCGCUGGAGGCGUGGACGGUGCAGCAUGAAGCGCAGCAGCAGCAACAGCAACAAGCGGGAGCUCAGCAGCAAGGGAACCCUCAAAUCAACCUCCCGCCCAACGGUGUGCCGAUGGGCAACCGCACGCCGAGUAUGCAGAACAUGCCCAUGCCCGGCCAGCAGCAGCAACCCCAGAAUGCAGGAGGCAACUUUUCCUCCCCCGCCAUGCCAAACAAACACCUCCCCAACCACAUGCAGCAGCAGCCCAAUGGCCCGCAAGCAGGCAACAUGCAGCAACAGCAAAUGAACAUGCUCAACGGCUCACCUGCCCAUCAACACCACAACCUCGGCCCACCCGGCAUGAACCCAAACAUGAGCAUGAACAUGCCCGUCCACCUCCAAGGAGCUCACCAGAUGCAAAUGUCCUCCCACACCCCUUCCCCGCGACAGGGACACAUGGCCGCGCCGCAGAUGAUGCCGCAGCAUAGCCAGCAAGGGGGCAACACUAAUAACAGCAGUAGUGCGGCGAGUGCGAAUACGAGUCCGAAUGUUAGUCAGAAGAGGCGGAGGAGUCAGGUCAAGGUUGAGGGGACGGGGGAGGAGGAGGUGCAGCAGCAGCAGCAGCAGCAGCAGGGGCAGGCGAGGGUGAAGCCUAGUCCGCGGAUGGGGAAGAAGAGUAAGCCGGGGUAGUUUUCUCGCUUUUGACGCGGCGUUCAAGGCGUUGGGGCGGUUUCUAAGUUGGACAGCGGGGAAUCGGACUGGCGGGCGGCUUCAGCAGC